AUGGGUACACCUCAGCGAGACGUGACUAUUGAUUACGCAACUGCACAAAAAGAACUUCUAAUCGAAAAACAUUGCGCGUUUCUGACUGGUUACGGUCAAUCGCACAGUACAUAUCAAUAUGGCGUCACCGAUUAUCUUCAUAAGAUUGAUCGCAACUAUAUUGUGGAUUACAUACAGAAAUGUCAUGACAAAACAACUGGCGGAUAUGCACCGGCUCCCAAUCAUGAUUCGCAUUUAUUGUAUACAUUGUCAGCAGUACAAAUAUUAGUUCAGUUGGAUCGUGUUGAUAUGAUUGAUAAAGAAAGUUUAUGUUCGUAUAUAAAACAACUACAACAAGAAGAUGGCAGCUUCUUUGGUGAUCAAUGGGGUGAAAUAGACACACGUUUUUCUUUUUGUGCCAUUGCAUGUUUGAAAUUAAUCGAUUCAUUGCAUACUGUUGACAUCGAUCGUGCAACAGAUUUUAUUAUGAGUUGUUUGAAUUUUGAUGGCGGAUUCGGUUGUAUACCUGGCGCUGAAUCACAUGCAGGACAGAUCUACUGCUGUCUCGGAUUUCUAUCGCUUGUUCAACGUCUCGACAGAAUAGAUUUAUCGACAAGAAACAUGUUAGCAUGGUGGUUAUGUGAACGACAAUUGGAAAACUCCGGUGGAUUGAAUGGUCGACCCGAAAAGCUACCUGAUGUUUGCUAUUCUUGGUGGGUUUUGGCAUCGUUGAAAAUCCUCGGCAAACUUCAAUGGAUUAACAGUGAAAAACUAAGUAAAUUUAUUUUAGCUGCGCAAGAUGAUGAAACAGGUGGAUGUGCUGAUCGACCCGGUAAUAUACCUGAUCCAUUUCAUACAUUAUUUGGUGUUACCGGUUUAUCUUUACUCAAAGUUUUCGAUGAGAAUACAAUUAAACAAGUCAAUCCAGUUUUAUGCAUGCCUGAAUAUGUGAUCCAACGACGAGGAAUUACAAUGCAAUUACUAUAG